AAACCCUGUGGGGCAGUUCUACUCUGUCUUAUAGGGUCAUUGUAAGUUGGAAUUGACUUGAUGGUUAUGGGUUUGGUGUUUUUUGAUUUGGAUCCAUAAACUACAUGCAUUUGAAAAGUUACUAUUAUUGGAUUCAGAAUUGUCCAGAUCAAAUGUCCCUUGAUGCCUUCCUUAACUCAAACUCUGCAUGUUCAUUUAACUUAACUAACCAAAGAAGACCUCUCCUUCCCUUCAGGUUGCCAUCACCAUGGCUGCUGUGGACAGCUUCUACCUGUUGUAUAGGGAGAUUGCCAGGUCUUGCAAUUGCUAUAUGGAAGCCUUAGCUUUGGUUGGAGCCUGGUAUACAGCCAGAAAGAGCAUCACCGUCAUCUGUGACUUUUACAGCCUGGUCAGGCUACAUUUUAUCCCUCGCCUGGUGAGCAGAGUGGAUCUGAUCAAGCAGUACGGAAGAUGGGCGGUCGUCAGUGGUGCAACCAAUGGGAUUGGAAAAGCCUAUGCUGAAGAGCUAGCAAGCCGUGGUCUCAAUAUUGUCCUAAUCAGUCGGAACAAAGAGAAGUUGCAAGUUGUUGCUAAAGACAUAGCUGACACUUACAAAGUGGAAACUGAUAUUAUAGUUGCGGACUUCAGCAAUGGCCGUGAGAUCUAUGUCCCAAUUCGAGAAGCCCUGCAAGACAAAGACAUUGGUAUCUUGGUAAAUAAUGUAGGUGUGUUCUACCCCUACCCCCAGUAUUUUACUCAGGUCUCUGAGGACAAACUCUGGGACAUCAUUAACGUAAACAUCGCUGCAGCUAGUUUGAUGGUCCAUAUAGUAUUACCAGGAAUGGUGGAGAGAAAGAAAGGUGCUAUCGUCACUAUCUCUUCCGGCUCCUGCUGCAAACCAACUCCCCAGCUGGCCGCAUUUUCUGCCUCUAAGGCUUAUUUAGAUCACUUCAGCAGAGCGUUACAGUAUGAAUAUGCUUCUAAAGGCAUCUUUGUACAAAGUCUGAUCCCAUUCUAUGUAGCUACCAACAUGUCUGCUCACAGCAGCUUUCUGCACAAAUGCCCGUGGUUAGUGCCUUCACCCAAAGUAUACGCACAUCAUGCUGUUUCUACCCUUGGAAUUUCAAAAAGGACCACAGGAUACUGGUCCCAUUCCAUUCAGUUUCUUUUUGCACAGUAUAUGCCUGAGUGGCUCUGGGUGUGGGGAGCAAACAUUCUCAACCGCUCAUUACGUAAGGAGGCCUUAUCCUGCAAAGCAUGAACCUGGAUGAUCGUUUAGAAGUUUCACCAACUUACGGGAACCUAUGGUAUUCUGACAUUUGGAAGAAUACGGUUAAUUCAUCUCAUAUAUUUUCUAUUAUUUCUGGUUAUUUAGCAUUCUGUUGAGUCAUCAUUUGCAAAGCAAACAUGAUACUUUUAGAGAAUACUGUGGGGAAAACCUCAAGGGACACUUGAACGGCACAGAGCAAAUAACAACUGUCGUGUAGGAACUAAUUGGAGAAACCUAAAUUUCGAUGCUUUUUUCCCCUAAGCUAUGCAAGAGUUGUGUGAUUUAUGCUGCUCUCUGAACCAAGGCAAUCUGAAAUUGAAAUAUACUUAAAAUAUGACUUGUCAGCUCUUGUAAUUUCAGAUUUUUUUAAGGUAAAUACCUGUUUCAUUAGCUGAAUUGCAGUAUUGGUUUUCAAAUGUUCAUCAGGAAAGAGUGUUUAAAUGUGUUACUUUAUAACUAAGAUUGCUGGUAUUAUUAGCAGUGAACAUAGUGUGUAUUACAUUGCAUAGCUUUAGUUGUUUGUAUAUGAAAGUGCUGCUCUUCUACUGAGGUUUCAUCAGAGAUGAGUAUGUGUGUCUAUGAGCAAUUUUAUUUAUGGAUAAAUUACUUCAAAAAAGUUUUCAUGUCAAGCUGGCUUAAUGUGUAACCUUACGGGGUAUUAAAAAUCUAGAUUAUUCCUUUUCAUACUAAGCAAACCUACCCAAUCCUGUGCUGUUGAUUUGCCCUGUGUAAUAUUACUUAGCACAUUCUGGUUUUCAUUUUAAUCUCCUAUGACAAUAACUCAUUCCUUGAUUUGGACGUGUACUGGAUGACUCUGAGUCCCGUCUUGAUUUAUACAGAUAACUAUUGUGGGCAAGUAGUGAUUGAUCAGUCUGUGUUCCAUUUUGUAGCUGAAAUGUAGCCCUCUAGAGCUUUCUGUCUCUGGUUUCCAUACACUUUCUAUGUCUUCUUAUUCCAGUCCAGUAGCGUUAUUGUUACAAACAUCAAGUAUUUGUGGAAUACUAGUUAAAAUAUGCAUAAAUUAUGUCUGUGAUAAUCAUGUAUUAUAGCUGUUGAAAUAAUAUGUUAGAAGCCCAUUCUUGAUUCGUGUAAUGAAUUUAUGCAUUAUAGUGAAUACUUUUAUUGGUGUGAAGAUAAUUAUGCACAAACCCCUACAGUGUGGGUUAGCAUUGAAACCUACUGUGAAAUGUUAUUUUGUUGUUUUUUUUUUUUGUUCAAGUCUUAUAAAGCCAGAUAUUUUUAAGGACCACAUACCUAGUGCUUUGAAAACUGUAAAUCACAAUAUGAAUAUGACAAUAUGUGCAUAUUUAAAAUUCAGAGUUGAUAUUGUGACACUGAUGCAGAAGCUAGUAAAUUCAUUGAAAGUCAGAUUUAUGGAAUCGUUUUCUUGUGAGAUGAUAUUCCAUUAUAAGUAGGCCUAAGCUCACUUUUAUGUGAUACACACAGUUUUGUCAGUGACAUGGCCUGCAGUAUUUUCACCCAUGUCUUGGACUCAGAAGAGCAGUGGUUAAAUCCAGAAGCUCAUCCACUGAUAGACUAUGUCUUGAUGACAGAAGAGGAUAAGAUGUGAAAAAUUAUGAACUGGAGAUUUUAUGUAACACUGAAUGUUUUGAUGGAGUUACCUUGGAAACCUUUAUUUUGUCACAUUUGGUAUUUUCCCUCACUUAAAAUUAAUUUAUGAUCAUUAAGUCUAGAAAAAAUUUAACCUCAUGCCACAUUGACCUGAACUCUACUUGAUGUGUGUGAUAUGAAGCUGCAACUUUAUGUAAAAAUAUUGUCUGAUAAUUGUAUCUAAAGUUGUGUGGUGCCGUGUUGUCUUAUAUUUAUAAAUUAGGUAGUGAAUCAUUGUUAUGUGAUGAGACUAAGUAAACCAUGUCAGUGAUGUUUUUGAAUUCUCCGCUUAGCAGGAUAUAGGUAGAUAUGCCAGUUGGUGCAAAUGUAGUAUAAGCUUGUCCAUCGCUUUAGUGAAAGAUCAAAACCAAGACUCUUCCUUAGGUUUUCUAUCCUUCAUAAAGUACUUCUUUCUUUUUUUCUCCAGAGCUCAUUUGAGAGCCUUAGUUGCACCACAGUUUGUGGAUGGGGUUUCCCACUGAGGAUGUGGGAAAUAAGAACCUUUGAAACUUAAUCUGUAAACUGAGAAUUUAAAAAUAAAAGCAGUUGCUUUUGCUUCUUUUGGAAGAGGUUUUUCUCCAAGUGUUUGUAAAUUGGUUGUUUGGAAUAAGAGAUACAUUUCCCCCUUACUGACAAACAAUUAUAAAAAGUUACCAAAAAUUAACCUUUGACUACCUGUGGUAGUAAUUCAUUAACAGCUGAUAAUUCAGCAAGAAAAUUGUAUGUAACAAUGUCUCCAGUAUGUCUUUUGAAACUAAGUCAUUUUCUUGAUCUCAUUUUCCUGAUACGUUGAGUAAGAUGACUGCUGACUUUGAUCACUGAAUUUGGCAUUGAGCCAUUUCAGUCAAGUGGAGAAGAUGAAGCUAGAGUGGAGUGGGUUCAAGGAAGAGUCAGAAGAAAAAAGGGGAGACAUCAGGUGGAGACAACUCUUUUGAGGAGCCCUUUUUCCAACCCAAUUACUGAGAAUCUAAUUACAUUUGGGAACCAGAGGUUUAGGUGGUUUGUCUUCAGUCUUGACACUGAGUCCUCCGAAACCAAUUCCAGUCUGUGUCUCACUGUUGUCUUGGCUGUUAUGCUUUAAAGGAACAUUUAAUUUUGAAUAAAGAUUUACCUUCCCAUGGUGGUGCAGUGAUUAACAGCUCAGAUUGCCAACCAAAAGGUGGCAGUUCAAAUCCACCAGCCGCUCCUUGGAAACGCCAUGGAGCAG